AUGCAACAAAUUAUUCAUCACUCGUGAACAGCUAAGAAUACAUUAUUUACGAGGACCAAUUUCCAACUGGAGACCAAUAUGAAGGACGUGUCAUUUGUGGAUCGUCUCUUUGUCGGCUUGGCCAUGGCCUCUUUUGUUGUGGCCGCUGACAAAAGGCCAGACUGCCCCAAACUCUGCGUAUGCGAGAAUCGACCCUGGUUCUCUCCCAGUUCCGUAUACAUGGAGGCACAGACUGUUGACUGUAAUGAUUUGGGACUAUUUAACCUGCCAGAGAAACUACCCGUGGGCACACAAGUACUGUUGCUGCAAACAAACAACGUUGCAAAAAUAGACAGACCUUUGGAUUACCUGGCCAACAUCACAGAGAUUGAUUUAUCGCAAAAUAACAUCUCAUCCACGAGCGACGUCAAUUUGGGGAUUCUGCCUCAGCUCCUGUCCCUACAUAUGGAAGAGAACCGAAUACAAGAGCUGCCCGACCGAUGUCUGGCGGAGGUGGCAAAUCUCCAAGAGCUCUAUCUAAAUCACAACCUCAUUUCUUCAAUUUCCAAAGCUGCUUUCCAGGGUCUCGGCAAGCUUCUUCGGCUCCAUCUCAAUUCAAACAAGCUGAAAGUCAUUCACAGAGAGUGGUUCGACCCUAUGCCAAGCCUGGAGAUUCUAAUGAUUGGUGAGAAUCCCGUGCUGUCCAUCGACGAAAUGAAUUUCAAACCUCUCAGCAGUCUCCGCAGUCUUGUUCUCACCAGAAUGAACCUGUCUCAGCUCCCUGACAACGCUUUGGUCGGCCUCGAUAACCUCGAAAGCAUCUCCUUCUAUGAUAAUACGUUCCCUGAGGUGCCACACUCUGCCCUGAAAAAUGCAAAAAACCUUAAGUUUUUAGAUCUGAAUAAAAACCCAAUUGCCAGAAUACAGCGAGGGGAUUUCGUGGACAUGCUCCAUUUAAAAGAGCUAGGGAUUAAUAGCAUGCCAGAGCUCGUUUCUAUCGACAGCUUUGCCCUCAAUAAUCUGCCCGAGCUGACUAAAAUAGAAGCUACCAACAACCCGAAACUCUCCUACAUUCACCCUAAUGCUUUCUACAAACUGCCACGGCUGGAAACACUAAUGCUAAACGGCAACGCACUGAGUGCCCUCCACAGAAUUACCAUCGAAUCGCUCCCGAACCUCAGAGAAGUUAGCAUGCACAGCAACCCCAUUCGCUGUGACUGCGUGGUACGCUGGAUGAACAUGAACAAGACCAACAUUCGCUUCAUGGAGCCCGACUCGCUGUACUGCGUCGAGCCUCCGGAGUACGAGGGCCAACAUGUCCGACAGGUGCACUUCAGGGAGAUGAUGGAGAUUUGUCUGCCACUCAUAUCACCGGAAAGCAUGCCCGGCCAUAUCAAAGUACGCAGCAGGAGCUCCGUGUCGCUCCAUUGCCGGGCCUUUGCCGAACCAGAGCCGGAGAUCUACUGGAUCACUCCGUCUGGGAAUAAAGUGAUGCCCAACACCGUAUCCGACAAGUUCUACAUGCACCCAGAGGGAACGUUCGACAUCUACGACGUCACUGAAAAAGAAGCCGGUCCUUACACUUGUGUAGCCCACAACCUGGUUGGAGCGGAUCUGAAAUCAGUUUCGAUCGAGGUCAACGGUUAUUUCCCACAACCUACAAACGGUUCUCUCGAUGUCAAGGUCAAGUCAGUGAAGACGAAUGCCAUCCUGCUUUGGUGGAAGGCGAGCCCGGGCACUCUAGCUCCCAGUAUUAAGUGGUACACCCUGUCAAGCGCGAACCAUCCCGCCGCUUCAUUUUCCACCAGGGUGCCCUCUGACGUCCAAAUCUACAACCUUACUCAUCUAAGCCCUGCCACUCAGUAUAUAGUUUGCGUGGAUGUCCGCAGUAUCCACUACAAGCACGACACCAAAUGUGUCAAUGUCACCACCAAGGGAUUAGAGCUCACAGCCAAGGACACAGAAAAAUGGGACACGGCACUAAUCACAUCCUUUGGUGUGCUCCUAGCUGGGAUUUCAGUGGGCUGUCUGCUUAUAUAUGCGUCUCUGCGGAUCCACCAACUUAAUGGGGAUUUAAGGAAAUGCGACUCCAAAGCCUUGCUGUUACCAGUGGAAGCUACCGGUGAUCGCCCUUCUUUUACCAAGCUGUGCUUUUCAGGGAGGCCGCUUCCGAGUGGCGUGGAAGUGAAAGCCACAGUCAUAAACGUGUCGGACAAUGCUUUUUAA